UUCUAAGUAACGAUAUUUUUUACAAUAAAGAUGCAGAAUUAAUAAUCAUUGAAAAACUUGUGUAUAAUAGGUGUUGCAGUGCUAACAUGGCAUUUUUCAAUCUUCAAAGCAUUUUUACGAGUCCGCUGGCAUCUGGUUCAAUAAAUAAAUUUAAAAUGGCUAGUGAACAGGCAAAAGAUGCUAAGGCAAAUGAAAAGAUCGUGGGUGAGUUUCAGCAACUCAGAAAUGAGCAAAGAAAUCUUAUCAAUAACUUAAAUACUCUGGAAAUGGACUUAAAGGAACACAAAACAGUUAUUGAUACCCUGAAGAGUGUAGACCCAGACAGAAAAUGUUUCCGGCUUAUUGGAGGGGUAUUGUGCGAGCGUACAGUGAAAGAAGUGCUCCCGCAAUUAACUGAAAACAAAGACUUCAUAGAGAGAACUAUUUCUAUUGUUAUGGAGGAUCUUACAAAAAAAGGUCAGCAGAUCAAUAAGUUUAAGGAAGAUCAUAAUAUCCGUAUUCGCGGAGAGCAUAUGCCUACUGAGGAACAGAAGUCGACAGAGGAAAAGAAACAGGAAAAUCGAAAUGUGCUCGUGUCAAAUUAGUUUCCCAAUCUACUUCUAAAUAAAUUGUUUUCAAAACAAAAGCGCUAAUAUUUAUUUACGCAAAAUUUACAGUGGUAAUUGAACCAAAAAGUCAUUUAAACGUCAUUUAAUAUUUUUUAACAAAUAAAUACUUUGCAUAUUGAGCUAUUUCGUA